AUGCACAAUAUUGGCAGAACGGACAACUACACCAUAGCCGGAGAACUCCUUCUGAUGGACAGUUCAAAUUCUAGAGAGCUCCAGUACUGCAAGGCCUGCUUUUUUAAAGCAGGUAGCAACUCCAUUUCACUCAAAGAAUGCACUGCUCUAGGUUUUCUGUGUAUUUUCUUUGCAUUUGCGGAGCUUGCCCUCCUGGUGGUCAUGUCUUAUGACCGCUACGUGGCCAUUUGCCACCCUCUGUACUGUUGGCUCGUCUUCACCCGGAGUCUGUGCACACAGGCCGUGGAAGCUCCUGGGCCAGAGGCCUGGUUUGACAUCAUGGUCCCCAGGGGUAUCCCUCUUUCUACUAAGCCCUUAAGUUUAUCUUUCUUUAAAGAUGAUGAAGUAGUACUCAAUUGUACACUUCUGAAGGGAUUCUUGCUCCUGAGACUGACAGACAACAGGGCAUGGCUGGGGCCACAGGCCACCCUCUUCUCCCUGGUCUACCUGGUGGCCACACUGAAGAAUCUGACCAUCAUCCUUCUUAUCAUUCUUGAUCACCACCUCCACACCCCGACCUACUACUUCCUCAGGCAUUUGCCCUGCUUGGACCUGAGUCUCAUCUCCACUAUAGUUCCAAAAUCCAUUCUCAAGUCCAUCACCCUCAGUGACCACAUCUCUUUGUUGGGGUACUUCUAUCAGCUCUUCUUGGUGGUCCUGUUAGCAGGGUUAGAAGUGGGAAUCCUGACCACCAUGUCUUAUGAUCACUAUGUCGCCAUCUGCCACCCUCUGCACUACAAGGCUGUCAUGAGCAAAGGGUGUUGUGUCCAGUUGGUGACUGUGUCCUGGCUCAGUGGAGUGGCCUUUGGAAUCUUCAACUCAGUUGGGACAUUCUCCCUGGGGUUCUGUGGCUCCAACAGGAUCCACCAGUUUUUCUGUGAUGUCCCUUCUCUACUAAAUGUUGGUUGUUCUGAGGAUCAUGCCAUGAUGAAUGUCAAUGUGGCCCUGUUUGCAUGUUUGAUUUGCAUCAUGGUCUCCUAUGUAUGUAUUUUCUCUGCCAUGCUGAAGAGCUCAUCCAGGCAGAGCUGGUCCAAAGCCUUCUCUACCUUCAUGUCCCACCUCGUGUUUGUGGUUACUGUUCUCCUAAUUGGUGCUGUUGCUUAUCUGAAGCCAUCCAGUGCUUCUCCUAUUCUAGACUUGCUGUACUCUGUGUUCUACUUGGUACCCCCAACCUUGAACCUUGUUAUCUACUGUCUCAGAAACAGUGACAUUAAGUCAGCUCUAAGUAAAGCCCUGAACAAUGUGAGAAGCAGACUAACACAGAGAUGA